UGAUUUUAAUGACUCUUUUCUUUUUAAUUUGCAUGAAUGCUGUCCUAGUAACCAUUGUUUGCUUGCAUUUUUUUUUCUAACCUAAAAAGGAGACUUGAGUUUCGUUGGUCGCAGUGGUACAGCCAUGGAUGUACGUUACACUGCCCACGACUUCGGAGAAAUGCCAGAGGAGAUGACAAAACAUGUCGUAGCAUUCUUUUCUCAGAAUUCAAAGUCGGUACCAAUCGCCAAGGUUUUGACACCACGACCUGUGGAAGUCCAGGAGCUAUACACACAGAAUUCAUUGGAGGAGUUCUAUGUUAUGGCAGACAACCUUUAUCCCAGACUACCAAAAUAUCGCAGACCUGUGUACUCAAAGCCAAAAUCAGCAGCAUCUACUCGCAUGUCAGAAACUCCAGAGAGAGCACCACGAACCACAGAAAAAACAAAAUUCCAUCCACUAGGGAAACAGCUCCUAGAUGCUGCUGAAGCUGAAUUACGUGAAAAAGAAAACAAACCUCCCCCAGAACCGACAUCAUCGGUCAAGCUGGACACAGUGGUACAGUUAGUGGACGAUGUGUCAGAGAACAUGACCUACUUCAAAGAAAGGCUUGCCCCAGCGCCUAGUCCGGGAUUCAGAAAACCGGCCAGUAACACGGUAUCCAGGCGACCACUGUCACGCCCAGCAACAGCUACAGGUCAUAGGUCACCCAGCCCAAUACAAAGAUCAAAUUCACCAGAAAUUGCAACUGACAGACCAAGACCACAUACAUCAUUCUCUCCCCACAACCCUCCCCAUGGUGUUGAAUUUCUGGAGCCCCACCCCCCAAAAUCUGCAAGGUCAGGCACACCCAGUAGGACUGCAGAGGCCAUUGACUGGAGAGGGAAGAUCAUUCCAGACACAGAACGUGCUAAGUGGCAAAAGUCAAAGUUUGGAGACCAUACAUAUGUCAAGAAAAUGAAAGGGAAACGUCCAGUUGGUGCGACACAUGCUGGUAAAAGGCCAAAAACUGCUCCCGUUUCUGUUCAGGAACGCUGGAAAAUAGAGAAGGAGAGUGACUCUAACACCAGAGUGGAGUCUCAGGCGGCGACAAACACAAUGACGGAGAUGGACCCUAAAGCUGUGGACUCAUUGAUGAGAGUACAACCUAUAGAGAACUGGAACACAGGAAUGGGAUCCAUGAGUUCUAUAUUACUGGAUGAGGAUUUCCUUCGUUCUCUGAGUGGUAGCAGGCACACUGGUCACCCAACUACAGACACCACCACCCCUGUACCCAUGGAGUAUGUUCCUAUUGUGUCAUCAGCACCGCGCUCACUGGCAGGUAGUCGAGCCCAAAGUCGUCAGACACGAUCCCGAUCAGAAACAAGGGCCGAGAGUCGAGUUGACGAAAUACCAGAGGACCAGCCAACAUGUGAUGGUCAAGAACCAGUCAAAGGAGAAUUGGAAGAACAAGUUUCUGAGGACCACCAUCUCCACGGAAACCAACCAGAACCUGACCAAGCUCAGCAACCAACUGUUCAUUUUCAAACACCAGAUUUACAGGACGAGGAUUUAGAGGGUAAGCAGGAUUUAGGAGAUGUUCCUGGUGUGGGGACUGUUAGCAUCGAUGAUCAGGGGCGAAUAAUUGGUAUCAUCAAGGAAGAUGACAAUGUUUCUGUGACAACCACCACAACACUUGAGGAAGAUCAGAUAGCACCACGACAACCAAUUCGGUUCCACACCGAGGAUUUACACAAUGGACAGGUCCACAUAGAAGUCACAUCAGUGCCAUCUGCAGGCCGGGCACCAACACCGCAGGAGUUUAGACAGCGCCCCCUACAGGUCCUUAGUCGAUCAGAGACCUGGAAUUUUACUCCUGAUGUAGAGCUACAGGAAGUGGAUUCUGAGAAGUAUCUCCCCGAUCAGAAGACACCAAAAUCAACAGGUCUCUUCCAGAAGGGAGAUAUUUGGUAUAAGACAAUUGUUAAACCGGAGAACUAUUGCUUUGAGUGCCUCCCUAACAGUAUGUCCACUAAAGUGGGCAGGAGUGCCGGCAGGAUGCCAGGCCGUCCACAAAGUGUGUCUGCCCAGGUGCUACGAAUGGCUCGUAAACAGAAUGAUUAUUUUAGGAGAGCCCCUCCUGUUAGAACCCCACCCUCUAUCCCUAGUCCCUACCAUCAGCCUGGUGUGUCACCGAGACAUGGAGAAACUUACAACUCAGGACUUGAGCACCAUGCAAGGAGAGUAAAAAGUCCACGACACUUCAUGGAGCAUGGUUCCAAUAUUGCUGAAUUUGUAACGGUGGUGGAUCUAAGGAAGGACACUGUGUCUGCUCCCCCUGGAUCCCAGUUCAGCAGGGAAGACAGUCUGAUGGAUUCCCUCCAGGUGUGUCGGCUGUCCACCAGAGGGAGUCUUAUAGAGGGGCUGGAGGAGAAACCAAGUGAAGAACAAGAGGGAAAUGAAACCAAGAAGGUGGCUUUUCUUGAUGAACAUGAGCCAUCCAUGGAGGAAAAGAAAAGUCUCAUCUCUACAACCUCCAAGUUUUCCAACUCUUCACUGCAGUCAAUAGCUCACAUAGGUCGACCUAUCGCUCAGGUGUCCCGGAUACCAGACCCGGAUGAAGAAGCAGCUGCUGCUCGGACACAGUUUGAGGCCAAGGCAGCAGUAGACAUCCAGAGAAUUUUCCGAGGUUAUGUUGCAAGAAAUGUUUACAAAAAACUAAUGAAAGAAGAAAGAGAAAGACUUGAAGAUGAACGAAAGGCGGCAGUAGAAAUUCAGAGGCGAUACAGAGGUCACAUGAUCAGGAAAUCUCAGAUUUACAAACAAACGGGAUUAAAAAAGGAGCACUUAGAGUGGGCAGCAAACUUCAAACGAAUUCAGAAUGAAAAUAGCGACAGGAGGCAGAGGAAAAUGGAGGCACUGGUUGAGAAUAAUACGCUCAAUUACCAGAGAAGUGCCUCGAAACUCUCCUCCAUUGGACCCCAUGUUGACAUUUAUCAAAUUUAUCAUCCGAAACAGACUGGUCCUACAAAACGUGACAUGUUUAAUGCUGCGACUCACAUUCAAAGAUAUAUACGAGGUUUCCUGGUCAGAAAGAGGUUUGAAAGGCUUAGGAGAAAGUGUGUCUGGCUUGGGUCAGCUUAUCCUAAAAUGGUGAAAGAAUACAAAAGCAUGCUCAGGAAAUGUCAGCUCAGGCAUGGAGUUGACCGACCAAAGACCCCGUUCAGUCUCAGCGAAAUGAAUGAGUACCUUGAUAUGAGAAGGCGGUAUGAGAGUGUGUUUGAUAAGAAAGCCUUUGGUUCUGAGUUGGAGAUUGGGGACUUGGAGUCGUUCUUCAAGGAGUGUGACAUGUACCCAUCUGCUUCCGAGAUUGAUGAAGCCAUAGAUGUUGUGUUCAAUGGUCAGCAGAUCAGGCGUGGGUUGUUAAAGCCUGAGGUUAUGGAAUUGGUGUUCUAUAUAUACACACCACGGGCUACAGGGCUACCUAACUUACGACAGUCUACGUGGCUUAACCCCAUCAUUGACGGAGUGGAGGCCAGGAAACUCAUAGCAAAUGCAUCUAACAAGAAAGGACAAACAAAGAGAAGUGAAUUUGUUGAAAAAGCACCACUAGAAGUUUGCGCCAAACUAGUGAUAGAAUCUCGUCGUGAGAGACGAGAGAAAGAACGAAAAGAAAAGGAGCAGAAACUGACGGAAGACCUCGCUCAGAUGAAGGCAAUCCGUGAAGAAGAGGCCUCGGAGAAGGAAAAGAAGAAGGUCAUCGUUGUGACACCAGAGGAAGCCAAACAAGCCGCGUCCAUAAAGCGAUGAUGACCGACAUGUUUACUAGAGAUAUAUAUUGCUCAAAGGCAUUGACAAAGAAUAUCCAUGUUCUAAAACAUUAUUUAAUGCAUUGUUACAAUCGCUGAUGAAUGAUAUCCAGUGUUUUCUUUAUCUAGUCUAAAAAGAGAGUAGAAGUCAUUUAUACGUCCAUCAUUUGUAAUACAUGUACAGCUGUAGAAGUGGAUAUUUUUGCAUAUUUAUUAAGUAUACAAAUUAGAAAAAAAUCUGAAGGCAUGGAGGUUACUUAUUCAUAACUUUUGUUAAUGCCAGUAAAAUGUUUAUAUUUAUGGGAAAGUUUUUCUCUAGUUUGUAGUGUAAAUUAUGCCUGCAUGUUGCUAUGGUAUGGUUUUAUGUCCUUGAACUUGACAAAAUGGCAAUGUUGAAUGGCAACACUUUGUUAGUUUGUGGUUAUUAGUACAAGCCAUAUGGUAGAGAGGAUUUUCUGUGGUUAUUAGUACCAGCCAUAUGGUAGAGAGGGUUUUCUCUACAGUAAAACACAUUUAUAGUGGACACGUAUUUUAAACUGAAUAUCUGUGUAAAAUGAAGCAAUUUGGCUGUCCCAGCAGUUUUUUUUUAUCACUGUUUUUCUUUAUUGUUUUAUGUUAUUACCAUAAAUGAGAGGAAUACAGCAUACAAACUAUUUUGUGCAUUUACUGUGAUACAUGGGAAUCAGUAUUAUUGUUUUUAUUUUACAUAUAUUUUAACUAUAAGGUGGUGUUUGCUACCACUUUGUGUCAAAUUCUUAUUACUUUUGCUAUGUGUGCUAUAUAUAUCUACAUCUACUGGACAUAUAUACCUUAUACCUGGCACUGGUCUCUUAUUCAAAUACUUUCAUUAUUCAAAUGCUUUCAUUAUUUAUCUGAACUUUGACUUCUCAUGACUUUUCAUUCUAUUUUUACAUGUUUUGAUGUUAUAAUUUAUUAUAAGACACAUUUUUUCCUGUUGAGAACAAAAUGAAAG